AUGUACAAUAACAGAUCUAAAAAGAUUAUGUACAUGUUUGUAUUCACUGCGGCAAGACAAGAUCCAGACCCGUACGAAGUGGAGUUGUUAUAUUUUAAAGACUUCAAUAGAUGGGAUGCAAUCAGCGAAAAGUAUUUCAAGGGAAAUUUAACUGGAAAAAUCAGUAAAAUUCGUGUUAUAACAUUCAAAAAGAAAAGGGAUACAGAAAUUGCUGUCAAGAACUCCAUGAAUGUGAAUGCAAAAACUUAUUUUAUCGAAGUUCAAUCAAAAACCAAAAUUAGUCCCCCAGCGUGUUAUAAAUCUCAAUUAGCUACAUCUAAAGCAAAACAUGAUGAUUUACUGAAACUUUGUCGAGAAAAGGUGAUUCCUGAAAUAUUUUUUAAUGAAUAUUACAGUCUUACAACCGCUAACAAUGUCACAGAUACUUUACCACAAACCGAUGUCAAAGAUGAUGAUAUUGAAUAA